AUCAGCAUGGAGCUCAGUCCACUUCCUCUAAUGCUCUUGCUGAUUGCAGGCAUUCUCUCUGGACACGCUGAAGAGAGACCAAAGGCUGUAGUGAUUGUGGAUCCUGACAAACAUGAGCGCACUGUCAGAUGUGAAAUACCAGGGGCUGACGAUGAUUGGACAUACAGCUGGGUUAAAGAGGGAUCAACUAAACCCUUCAGCAGAGACAGAGAAUUCAGCAUCAGCACUGGUGUUUCUCACAGCAGCAGUAAUGUCACCUGCAGAGGAAAUAGUCCAGAUCGCAGUCUGGAAUCAGAGAUCAGUGAUGCUGUAACUCUGAAUCUAUCAGUUCCUACAGAGUCAUAUAAAGCUUUUCUGACUGUUCAGUCUGAACUAUCACAGAUACUCAGAGAAGACACUGUCACUCUCACAUGUGAUGUACAGGGAGAAAAUCGGAAAUACAUAUUCAGGUGUGGAGAUGAAGAGCACGAGUCUGACGAGGAAGAGUUCAGGAUCCGUGUUAAGUCCACACAGACAUGCAAGUGUUAUAGCUGGAGGCAAUCAGGCACUUCUGAAUGGAGUAAUGAGGUGAAUCUGACUGUGUCGGAUAUGAAGGUUCCUACAGAGGGACCUAAAGCUGUUCUGACUGUUCACCCUGAACUACCAAAGAUACUCAGAGAAGACACUGUCAUUCUCAAAUGUGAUGUACAGGGACAAAACUGGAAAUACUUAUUUAAAUGUGGAGAUAAAGAGCAUGAGUCUAAGGAGAAAGAGUUGAAGAUCCGUCUAAAUUACACACAGACAUGCAAGUGUCUUGGCCGGACACUUCAGAAUGGAGACUCUUCACAAUGGAGUAAUGAAAUGAAUCUGCGUGUGUUUGAUAUUAUAAACAAACCGAUAGUAACCAUUAAGCCGCAGAGUUCAGUGUUUACUGGAGACACGGUUACUCUCAGCUGUGAUGUGGGACCAUUUACUGGACAAAGGAUUACUUGGUACACAAACUUCAGCACAAUAGGAGCUGGUGAUGAUACUAAAACAUUGACAGAUGUGAAGAUCUCUAAUGGAGGAAUGUACAAGUGUGCUGUAGAGGGAGGAACACAAGGUCCAGCAGUCAAGUUAACAGUAACAGAGCGACCCAAAGCUUUAUUGCAUGUUCAGCCUGAUGGAGGUAUUUUCAAAGGACAGACGGUCACUUUCACAUGUCACAUACCGGAUUCAGACGUCACUUCCUGGAGCUACAGCUGGAGUAAAAAUGAUUCAGUGAUUCAGGACAGUGAAUCUCAGGAAUACAAAAUCAGCUCUGUUGAUGAAUCUCACGCAGGUCUUUACAGCUGUAGAGGAAGAGAAACUAAAGGAUCACGAAACACACACACCAGUGCUCAACACACACUGAUUGUAUCAGUUCAUACAGAGAAACCUAAAGCUGUUCUGACUGUUCGGCCUGAACCACCAAAGAUACUCAAAGGAGACACUGUCACUCUCACAUGUGACAUACAGGAAAAAGAAUGGAAAUACGUAUUUCAGUGUGGAGAUAAUGAGCACAAGUCUGAAAAUAAAGAGUUGAAGAUCACUGUAGAGUCCACACAGAAGUGCAAGUGUUCUGGCUGGAGGCGAUCAUUAGGCCCUUCUGAAUGGAGUAAUGAAGAAACUCUGACUGUGUCGGAGACACCAAAACCUGUUCUGACUGUUCAGCCUGAACCAUCACAGAUACCCAGAGGAGACACUGUCACUCUCACAUGUGACAUACAGGGAGAAGACUGGGAAUACUUAUUUGACUGUGGAGAUAAUGAGCACAAGUCUGAGGAGAAAGAGUUUAAUAUCACUGUAGAGUCAACACAGAAGUGCAAGUGUCAUGGCUGGAGACAAUCAGGCUCUUCUGAAUGGAGUAAUGAAGUGACUCUGGCUGUGUCGGAUGCACUAGCAGACCACACUCGGCUCAUCGCAGUGUCUGCAGGUCUGGGUGCUUUAGUUCUGCUCUGCUUCAUUCUUCUCCUGCUGUGGUGCUGCAAGCGCAAGAAAGAUGUGGGAUCUCUGUCUCCCUCUGCUGACCAUCAGCAGCACAACAUCAGUCAAACACCUGAGGAGGAGAGGAAGAAGCAAACACUGCGCUCAGACAGUGUAAAUGACUCUUCUGAUGUGACCUAUGCCCAGAUUGAAAUGAAAGCAAAUGUAGAGACAAAGAAGAAAAAUAAAGACGACAAAGAAAACAGCAGAGAGACUCCAGACACUGUUUACUCCAAACUGAAGAUAUAAACAGGUUCAAAUGAACUCAACACCACAGACAGUAUAACAAUGUCAUGCAAAUACAAAAAUACACAAUUCAUGCUUUUAAUUUAUUUGAAUCACUUCAGAUAUUGUUGCUGGUUCUAAUUAAUUGAAAAAAUCAUAUUUAAGAGUCAAUAAGAGACAAUUAGCUGUAUGAGACACAAUAAACUAAGCACUGGGAUCUAAAAAAAUACACUGUAAAACCCAACAGUCAACUUUAUCAAAUGAAAUGAGUGUAGUUACCUCAAAAUUGACUGGAAGUUAAUUCUACCCAUUUGAAAAGAGUUUUGAACUCAAGUGUUGAAGUAAUGAGUUAAUUAAAUACCUCAUUACGUCAACUUAAAUGAAGUUCACAGUACUCAUAUAGAUUAGUUUAACUUAAAUAGUUUGGUAGCAAUCAGAAAUUUAACUUAUUGGGCUUUACAGUAUUCAGUUGGUUUGAGUUCUUUUCAUUUAUUGGGAUUUACUGUGCUGAAAUUGCUUCGUUUACUCAAAUGGAUUAAGUUCACAGCACUCGGAUUCAUUUUUUAAAUUAAAUGGUUUGUUGCAAUCAAAUGGUUUGGGUUACCUAUUUCUUGGGUUUUACAGGGUACCAAAAGCUGGUAGUAUUGGAGAUAUUUAAUCUUAACUAUUUCAAUUAUUGAGUUCACAUCAAUGUACUGCUAGUUUGCGCCAUAAUACAUGAUUCACAGGGAAUAUGUUUACACAGUUGCAUCUUUUAAAAUGCAUUUGAAAUAUGGAGACAAUAUUGGCUCAUUCAUUGGCAGUUUUUCCCAGUUUCUGCCAUAGAGAAAUGUGAGAGACAAGAUAAUGUUUUAAUGAACUAUAACUGUUGAUGCAGAUCUUUCAUUGUUUUGUUUACUGAUAUUAUGUAUUGCAGAAUUUGGAAUAUGUUAUAUAAGAGACAACAGCACUUUUGUAAAUAUACUAGAAGCUAAAUAAUUGCCCCCAAUGUAUUUUUAUAUAUUCUCCGUGUACACUAGAGGGCGUAGUAAUGAUUGUCUUUGUGAAUUAGUUUUGCUUUUAGCUUUAUUUCUAUAUACUGUCUGUUGAUGUUUUUUUUUGACACAUGCACUGCUUACACUCAAAUCAUGUGCACAUAUAUAUUUAUAUAGCCUAUAUCAUGUGUGUAUAUAUGUUUGUUUCAUUUGCCUGAAUAAAUGUUCAGUGAAAAU